CCCCAGCAGCCAAAAGCUAGCAGGGGUUCAGGUCCCGCGCUAACGGGGGAAAAGGCGCUAGGCCCAAAGUGGACACGACGCAUGCCCGGUCGCGGAAGCGGGGCAUCAAUCUUCCAGGUGGCAUGGCCCGUUGCCUGGACAAGAACCAAUGUGGGCCACCAAGUAAAUAAAAGGUAUCAAUGGCGAAUAGAGGCAGGUGUGUGACGGUUCUCUUGGACUCUCUCUUUAUACAACCACCAAACUCGACAACCAAACACCAAAAAAAAUUACUUGUUUCUUCAUCUGCUACUCCUACAUUGACCUUGUUGUUUGUCUUUAACUUCGUGCCGUCUUAUUGCUUUCUCGUUUGAUGCAAGUCUUUGGAAUUAUUCGUCUUAUACACGUCCUUCACUCGCACACCUCAUCCUAAAACACUAUCUCGACCGUUGCUGAUUUUAUUCUGCUGCGUAGAAGAUAUUCGUUGGAGAGAUUUACAGAUUUUACUAUACCCCUUCCGACAAAACUAGAUCACAGUCUUACUUGGUACGAUUGCAACAUUCACAAUGGCCUCCGCCACGAUUACAACACCCAUCAAAACCCACAAGGGCCUGUUCUCUACCCGCACUGCUGGUGGACGCAUGCCCUUGACUCCCUCUCCCCGAUCUUCCCUCAACGCCAACCUCCAAUCUUCUCCCUUCACCCCCGACCAAGGCAGCAAAGAUGCUCGCCCGAGCUCCAAGUCUACCUACGGCGGUAACCUCAUGUCACACCUUGCCCGCUCUACCUCCAUCUCUUCUUCUAGCCGCCCUUCUCCGAAAUCCAACAUUGCCAAGUGUGCCCAGACCCCCCGCAAAGUCCUCGAGUUGGGAGUGUCAGACUUCACCUUGAUGGGAACUGGCCAUAAGACUCCCUCAAGUGCCAAGUCGAAAAAGGCACCUCUUCGUCAAAAGACCAGCAAGACCACAGUCAGCUACGCUGGAGAUAGAUUUAUCCCCAACCGUGCUUCUAGCUCCGCUCUCAACCACGCCGGUUCCAGCAAACUGUCCAUUUCGGAGAGACAGCGCCCCAAGACUAGUGGCGGAGAUGCCUCAUCCACGCUGUCUACUGCUGCUGACGAUGCCGUUGCCGCUCUUGAGCGACUAGACAUCAAUGAUGAGGAGACCGGUGACUACUCUCGUCCUUCUCCCAACACUGUGGCUUACCAAGAUUCUCUUGCCAGCGCUUGCGGUGUUAAGCUCAACACCAGAAUUCUCGAGUUCAAACCUGCGCCACCAGAGUCGUCUAAGCCUAUCGACCUUCGCCAGCAGUACAACAGACCUCUCCGCAACAACGCUGCCAGCUCCGCUCAGAUCCGCCGUCGCAUUGCUACUGCUCCUGAGCGUGUUUUGGAUGCCCCCGGGUUGAUUGAUGACUACUACUUGAACUUGCUCGACUGGAGCUCCGGCAACCAAGUCGCUAUUGGCCUAGAGCGUAACGUAUACGUUUGGUCCGCUGACGAAGGUAGUGUCAGCUGUCUCCUUGAGACCAACCCCGACACAUAUGUUAGCAGCGUUAAGUGGUCGGAUGAUGGUGCCUACGUUGGUGUUGGCCUUGGCACGGGCGAAGUCCAGAUCUGGGACGUCGGCGAGGGACAGAAGAUCCGCAGCAUGUUUGGCCACGACACACGUGUUGGUGUUAUGGGCUGGAGCAAGCAUCUUCUUUCUACUGGCGCCCGAAGUGGCCUCGUCUUCAACCACGAUGUCCGAGUUGCUGAGCACAAGGUUGCCGAGCUCGUUUCCCACACCUCUGAAGUAUGUGGUUUGGAGUGGCGAUCUGAUGGUGCCCAACUUGCUACUGGUGGCAACGACAACUUGGUCUCCAUCUGGGACGCUCGCUCCCUCUCUGUGCCCAAGUUCACCAAGACAAAUCACAAGGCUGCAGUCAAGGCUCUAUCCUGGUGCCCGUGGAACAUGAACCUUUUGGCCACUGGUGGAGGUUCUUACGAUCGUCACAUUCACUUCUGGAACUCUACUUCCGGUGCCCGCGUCAACAGUAUCGACACUGGCUCUCAGGUAACCUCCCUGCGCUGGAGCCCUCACUACCGUGAGAUCGUAAGCUCCAGUGGCUUCCCUGACAACUCUCUGAGCGUCUGGAGCUAUCCCACGCUAGUUCGCAACGUUGAGAUCCCUGCCCACGAGAGCCGUGUGCUGCACAGCUGCUUGAGCCCGGAUGGUCAGAUGCUGGCUACUGCCGCUGCUGAUGAAAGCUUGAAGUUCUGGAAGAUCUUCGAGAAGAAGGCCGGCACUACUGCUGGCAUUGGCAGCUCUGGAUCCUCUGCUAAAGCCGAUUUGGUAAAGCAGAUGACCAUUCGAUAAAGGCAACGGAUGCAUAUCCCAUGUUGCGGUAAGUAUGCUCUUAUCUUUCGACAGACAGCAAUGUUUCGUGGAUUGGAUUUGGUCUUUUUCAACGGUGUUAUGGAGUUAUAUGCUCUGCACGUGGCACGAAAGCGCUUCUCCACGAUGAAUGAUUUUUGGUGGUCUUGGAACAUGAGCUACGCAAGAACAAUGAUAUACUUGAACAUGGUACUCCACGGAGAACAUGUACUUCACUGAAUAUAGUUGAUAGAAGCUAGACUUGAAUUGGAAUUGUGAGGCUUCUAUGCCGAGGAUUAUAAUUAUACCAAAUGUGCUACGCUACCCUUGACAUGGCGUUCUGUGUAAAGAACACGCUAUGUGACCGUAUCAGUGUACAUGGAAUAGGUAGGGCAUCAUAAAAGAUGGUAUGAUUUGGUCGGUUUACAAAUCAUCAACUUUUGUAAAGUAACUAUGGAUUUCUAAUGGGAUCGUUC